AUGAAUCAGUCCCUGAAUCAGUCCUUGCAAGAAGGCCUGCGGGUUCUGCGGGCCAACUUGCCCAGUCUACUUGUUGGCUUGAUACUCGUCUAUCUCGUGGUCAACAAAUACCGGAGACAGCUGAACUCCAUCCCUGGCCCAUUCGUCGCCGGAUUCACCGACUUAUGGCGUUUCUUUGAUGCACUCUUUGCCAAUCCUCACGAAACUCACAUCAAACUUCACCGACAGACAGGCUCGAGCCUCGUCCGCAUCGGCCCUCGCACAGUCUCGGUGGCCGACCCUGCCUUGAUCCCCAAGAUCUAUGGUUUGAACUCCGGGUUCACCAAAACAAAAUUCUAUACUUUGCAUAUGCUGUCCUAUCAUGGACAGUUUACCCCUAGUCUGUUCACCACGCUCGAUGAGACUUACCACUCCAAAUACAAGAGACCAAUCGCAAAUGCUUACAGUAUGUCCAACUUGGUUGACUUCGAGCCACUCAUCGACUCCACGAGCGCCCUCUUCAUGUCGAGACUGGACGAAUUCGUCGCGUCCAAAGAAACCUUCAAUUUUGGACAAUGGCUGCAGAUUAAUAUCGCACCUAGUGGCGAGAUCGUCUUCAGCACGAAACUGGGAUUCUUGGAGACACGAUCGGAUGUAGAUGGGAUCAUGGCGGAUAUCCGUACCAAGGUCUUCUACGGCGGCAGUGUCGGUCAGAUUCCUACUGUGGACAAAUUCAUCACCAAGAGCCCUCUUUUCCUGGCGCUUGUUCCAACUCAUCCCAUUGUGAAUUUCACCGUGGAGAGGAUGAAGGAGCGGCUCGCCGUCAAAGCCCAGGGCGUGGAGGACAAGAGGCGAGACUUUCUGACGAGAUGUUUCGAGGCUCAGUCCAAGUAUCCGGAUCUCGUGACCGACAAGAUCAUUCGCAUGUACAACAUUGACAACGUCUUGGCCGGAAGUGACACCACAGGCAUAUCUUUCAGAUCCGUGAGUACAGCACUACCGACGAUGGUCUUAUCACCGGUUGGUUUGCUGACUGUGUCCGAGGUCUUCUACUAUCUUAUGAAGUCUCCAGACUGCCUGAAAAAGGUUGUGGAAGAAAUCGACCAAGCGGACAAAGCUGGAAAUCUGAGCGAGUUCGUCACUUGGAAAGAGUCAAACAACUUGCCAUACUUACAGGCAUGCAUCAAGGAAGCUCUGAGAAUGCAUCCGGCUGUUGGCUUGCUCCUUGAACGAUAUGUACCAAAGGGAGGAAUAGAGCUUGCAGGAAAGUACAUCCCCGAAGGCACAAUUGUUGGAGUGAAUCCUUGGGUGGCCGCACGAAACAGAGACGUGUACGGGUCCGAUGCAGAUUCAUUCAGGCCGGAACGGUGGCUGGAAGCUUCGACGGAACAGCUAGCAGCGAUGGAUCGCGCAAGUCUUACGUUCGGCCACGGCGCCCGCUCAUGCAUUGGCAAGAACAUCUCCAUGCUUGAGAUAGCCAAACUUGUGCCGCAGCUCUUGCGCCACUACGAGGUGCGUUCCAACUGCUAA